ACAUAACUUAGAGAACAAAAAAAAAAUAGAGAAUGACACGAGGAGGAUAUCUCUCUGUUGAGUUUGAUAUCAAGUCUCCGGCGUAUAGAUUCUGUGUAGGUUACAUGCUGAUAGCGAAACCCAUUAUAGACAAAGUUUCGACUGAGGAGGUAGAGGUUGAUCUACCUUCGGAGAAGAAAAAGGUUCGGCUAAGAAUGGAGGGCUUUCAGAUCCCGGAGUGGUUCAAGACGCUCGCUAUACCUUUCAUCCGCAGUACUAUUGAUCGUGAAGAGGCAAAGUCGCGAAACCCAGAUUACUACAAGAAGCUCGAUUGCUCGAAGGAACCAUGAGCGUCAUUCACACGGAAGGCAGUGACGGUACAUGCAGUAGCCGAGCAAUCUGGACCAUACAGUAUGAGAAGGUUAGCGAUGACAUCAAGGACUCCAAGAUCAAGGUGAAGGUUCAUCAUCGACACUACUACAAGAUACUUUCAGGUGAUGGAUGAGAUAAUCUUCUCAUAUCCUUAGAAUGAUCUAAAAUAGUCACACAGUUAAUAAUAAUUUAUGAUACUAGUUAUCGUUUAAUUAUGGUUGGCAUAUGGGAAGUAUUUGCUCUUGAAGCUUUCAAGAUGCAUAAUUAUCAUAUCGAUCUUCAUAUUAUUGUUGUAUCGACGAUAAAUUUCUGAUAAAAGGGAUAAUUUAUUAAUCCAUGUUUUAUUAUUGGGUAA